UUAAUCAUUGCUCUCUCUUUCUCUCUCUCUCUCUCUCUCUCUCUCUCUCUCUCCCUCUCUCACUCCGCUCACAUAGCGUGUGGGACGUUUCAGUGAGUCCCUCCAUCCGCGGCAGCUGCGCUUCCCCUCUCCCAAACACACACACACAUACACACACACUCUCUCUCACACUCUCUCUCACAUUCACACUCACACUCACACUCACUGCCUGUGCCUGUGCCUGUGCAAGGACGUCCUUUCUUUCCUUUACCCGGAAGCCGGAGAUGCUAGGGACUUGCAGUUGAGAAUCCUGCACUGUUAGUACACCUGAACUUCACUUGAAGGAGGAUCAUCGUGUGUCGGAGAGAUCUGAAUUCACCGGACAGAUCUGGUGAAAAGAGACAACGUAAGAAGCUUGAAGUAAAUGUAACAUCUGACUGUGACAGAAGUAGGAAUCAAAAGCCAUCAAGAUGAAUUUUGUUAUGAAGCAAGCGUUGGGAGGGGCCACCAAAGACAUGGGCAAAAUGCUUGGAGAAAAGGAAGAGAAGGACCCUGAUGCUGAGAAGAAGGAAGAGGAAAGACAAGAGGCUCUCCGACAGCAAGAGGAAGAGAGGAAGGCUAAAUAUGCAAGAAUGGAGGCAGAGAGGGAAUCAAUCCGACAGGGCAUCAGGGAUAAAUAUGGUAUAAAGAAGAAGGAGGAGAAGGAGGCUGAGGCUCAGGCUGCCAUGGAGCAGGCAUCUGAAGGCAGUCUCACUCGCCCGAAGAAAGCUGUGCCCACCGGCUGCGGUGACGACGAGGAUGAAGAAGAAAGUAUUGUGGACACGGUCAUGAAGUUCCUCCCAGGUCCUCUUGUAGACAUGUUCAAUAAGAAGUAACACAGUAAUGAAUGUGUUGUUAUUAAACCUGUAAUAAAUGUCAUAACAUCCACCCCUACAGCCCCUUACUCCCUACUCUUCACUCAUUAGUUCCAAACUCACUGGACUCAGUGAACGUGCCAUGACUGUAGUCUUUAAUUUGGAGUGUUAGAUCCAGAAAUCAUGCCUAAAAUUGUGCACUAAAAUUGCAAAUAUAUGUUGCUUUUCAAAUUAAAGUCACAUUUAAUGGCAGAGUCCAGGCGAUGGAACGACAACAUUAAUUACCCAAGCACCACAUAUUUUGUUUGUAAAUAGCUUAUAAAAGACUAUAUAUGAAUACCAGAAUAUAUCAAUAUAUACACAAUUACUAAGAGUAAAAGCCAUAAUUUUAACUUGGAGAAAGUCCUCCAAACCAUAUCGUAUUUUUGAUUAAAGUUUGCUGUUCUGUUAAAGAUAUUAUUGUUAAAUUCAUGUGGUAGAAGUGUAUAAUUGUAUGUAAAGCACCAUAAUACCAUUUAUCAUAGCAUUUAAUUAUUUUAAAUUGUUGUAAAUGACUGGAAGUCCUGGAAAAUGGAAAUAAGCAAGGGGAAAAAAUUCAUCUUUUUUUAAGCAUGAAAAUUUUGUGAAUGAACUGUAUACCAUUUCAUUUGACUUUUUAGAUGAAAUACAUUGAUAUUUAAGGCAAUAACUCUGGUUUUUUGAUUUUGUUGACUCAUACAUGCUACCGUAUAUACGUAAAGUACAGUACAUCCCUUGUGUGUAAACUCAUUGUACCACUCUCUAAGUGUGUUGAUGUGGAUUCAGGCAUACUAAUGUAGUCACGAUGAGUGAAAGCAUAGAGCUAGGUGCUAUAUUGAAUCAAAAUAGCUUAGCUUAGCUCCUACUGUAAAACGCAAGGGCAACAUUGAGUGCAUACUACUACAAUUGGACCAAUAGGGCUCUAAAUAUAUAUAUAUAUAUAUAUAUAUAUAUAUAUAUAUAUAUAUAUAUAUAUAUAUAACUUAUAAAUCCAUAUAUUUAAUCUUCAUUGUCAUCUCUGUACAAUAAUGAAUAUAGUAAUUCAGUGUUUACAUAUUUGUUUCUACUCACAACUCAGUUGUGCGUACACUUUAAGUGAGCAGACAGUGACAACAGUGCAAUAUUUGUUUUUGAAUGAAGAUGUCCUGUGUCCGUUGGUUAAUUACGGGAAUCUUGUCCCAGAUCAGCAAUAACAGACAAUCUUCAUCAUUGUGUAUUUCAAGCUUAAUAAUUAAUUCAAGAAUGUUAGUGUACAGAUGCUGUGUUGUCUUACUAGUGUCAGUCAAACUAAAGACCUGAGAUGCGUCUAGCUAAAAUGCAUCUUGCAGAAGAAAGUAGGGAGUGGAGAAUUUCAUUUUUUUUGUCAGUGUGAGUUUCAGCGUGGGCUUAACGCUGGGUUUGUUUUUCUGAGCCGUGCUCUUUCGUUGUUGCCUCAGCCUGUGUUUUUAAGGUUCUUUGCGCCUUUAUUUAAGUUGUUGUCAGUCAGUGUUCUUGUGCUGAUGUAUUUGUAGUAAUUGAUUAUAAGGAAAAGAAUGGGUCUGCAUUCUUCAAUGAUGAGAGAUCAGAUAUCAGGGAUGACCGAUGUGGAAAUAUUGUGAUGCUUUCUUUUAAUUAAAAAAAAAACCAGGUUGGUGGCUAGGUAUACUGUAUGGAAACAUGCUUACGUUUCAAAUAAUACUGAUGAUGUUCGUAUUAGAGUAAAUCACAACUAUGUACUAUUAUAUAUUCAGGUGAAAUCAUCAGUCGCAUACGGUUCAAAUUUUGUCGGAUGAAAAUGUGUAGUGCGUGACAUUUCGAGGCUCAGAGAAAUGUAGUUAGCUAUCAGCUGCCACUGGAGUGCUUAAAACAUUCCAAAUAUUCCAAACAUUCCAUCUGGCCUUGGUUGAUUUCCCAGAUUUUUUUAUUUAUAUACAGCUGUUGAAGCAUAGAUGCAUUCAGAUGCAUUUUGAUUAGACAAUUUAUAUCUAAUCUAAAUGCAUCUAAUACUGUGCUGUGGCUCCAAUAUUAGCUAUCUGUCCUGCCAUGUACUACUGAGAGCAACAAAUAUAUAGGAUCUUACUGUGCUAACCAUUUAGAGUCCAUUUUAACCCAACUAGUGAGCUGUUAAGCUGCUUAAUUGUUUGAAAUGAUUGCAAUAUAGAAAAUCCUCCCAUUAACAAGGAAUUAGUGUAACUUAAUAGACUGAGGUCUAGAGCACAACACUUAUUGUGUUUUAUUGUGAUGUGUGUAUAAACUGCCUUCAGCUUCAGUCCUUAUAAUUGAUCACAUGUUGUGUCCUGUGAGAUGAUUACUAACAUAAAGUGGGAACACUGCCCGAAAAGCUCCAUCCAGCACCGCCCAUUCACACUGCCCAUCUCCUCCACAACUAUGUUUUCUUAAACCAAAGAGUGGGCCUGUUUGUGACAGAAUGUUUUAAUGUGGAAUUCUUUAUUUUUUAGUCUUUCUUCCCAUUAUUUAACGCACCACAUUAUCAUGCAUUAUCAUUUUACUUUGAGUUCUUGUGUUAUUUCAUGUCUUAACGUUUGUCUCCAUACAAACCAUGAGGGUAAGCUACUGUCCAGAAUGUAACAAAAUUCCCAUUUUAAAAUUCUUCUAUUUUUUGACAUCCAAGAACAAACAGUAUGUUUCUGAUUACACCAUAAGAGCUGAACACUCAGAUCCCCUUCCAAUAAUCUGUGACCCAAAUGGCGUUGUGACAGUUUCCAAACCAACAGAUAUUUGUUAAAAUGCAGCUCAAGGCACCCACAAACACACACGCACACACACACACACUCACACACACAGAGUACGAGUUAACCCUCACCUUUCAGCUUGUCCUUUUCAUUCUGAUGUUCACAGCAUUGAAAAACUGCCUGACAGAAAACUAUGAGCUGUUCUGUUCUUGUGACUUGAAUGUAAAUGUGUGUUGUUUCUCUGCAUUGUCCUUAUCCGUGUCCUCUGUGCUGAUACAAGAUGAACAAUUCUUGUUGUGGUUUUGUCUGUAACUUCUUCCUGUUCUUGUCUUUAUGGUGUUGUAUUUUUGAAUAAUCUCUUCCUGUUUUGUGCAUUCUUUUGUAACUGUGGAAAAGAAAACUCUUCCUCAUCUCUUCUCCCUCUCUCCUUUUCUUCUUUUUCUCUGCGUUGGCAAAUUGUAUGCAUGCAUAUGGUGUGCACUGUAGGCAAGGUUGUUAAAGAUACUUCUGUGUGUCUCCUGUGCUCCUAAUCGCUCUACCUGUUAGCCCCCACUGCAUGCCCAUUUUAGACUGAUUUAACACUGUACCACUCCCCCUAAAAUGGAAUCACCACACACUGAGAAUAAAGUGAUUUCAUAGAA